AUGGACCGUGUAAGCAGCAGUGGCGUUGUGGCAUCGUCCUCAGCAUCCGAAGAUAUGAACAAUGAAAAGCAAGGCUUGACUCUGUCUCCUCAAACCGUAACCGUCUUUAAAUCUAAGAAGAAUUCUCCAACAAAACAAGAAGAAGAAAUGAUGAACUCGUACAGGUCAAUAAUCCGCCACGUUGGCGAAGACGUGAGUCGUGAAGGCUUGCUUCGUACACCGCAACGUGCUGCCAAAGCUAUGUUGUACUUCACAAUGGGCUACGAACAAAAUCUGGAUGAUAUUCUGAACGAAGCUGUUUUUGAUGAGGAUCAUGAUGAAAUGGUAAUUGUAAAAGACAUCGAAAUGUUCAGUAUGUGUGAACACCAUUUGGUACCGUUUAUUGGAAAAGUACAUAUUGGGUACUUACCAAAUAAGAAAGUUUUAGGAUUAAGCAAAUUUGCGAGAAUCGUGGAAAUGUUCAGUAGAAGAUUGCAAGGUAAGAUAAAUAGCUUUGUAUAAAAAAUAGAAAUUUCCUUUAUAACCCAUGCAAAAAACUGUAACAAUUGAUAUUUUAGUACAAGAACGUUUGACUAAACAAAUUGCCCAAGCAGUUUUACAAGCCGUUCAACCUUCAGGUGUAGCCGUAGUGGUCGAAGCAAGGUAAUUAAACUUUUUUUACAAAUUUUUACAUUGUAUAUAUUUUUUUAAAUUAAGUCAUAAAAACAUAAUUUUCUUUAACCCGCAAAAAACAUAUCGGGUCGGUCUUUAAACUGUAGACGCGGCCAUAAGUUCAAUUAUUUUAAUUUUAAAUUUUAGCCAUAUGUGCAUGGUUAUGCGUGGAGUGCAAAAAAUUAACGCAACAACCGCAACAUCGUGCAUGCUGGGCGUAUUCCGCGACGACCCCAAAACUCGCGAAGAGUUUCUCAAUCUAAUAAAUCGAAAAUAA